UGAGUGACAACUACUCAAAGUCUGUUUUUGUUACCGAACUAAAAUACUUAUUUAAAACAAAAAAUAUAAAUAUGGCUUCUCCAAUGAAAUAUGGAAAUUGGGUGUGGGAUGAUAUUAAUAAUAUGGUGCAUUAUCAAUCAAAAGAGGCUUUACAAAAAUCACCUUCGCGAGUAAGUGGCUUGUCGAACGCUACAAUGUCAAUAUCAGGACGAAAAAAUAUUGAUUGCGAAAUAAUGGUUAUGGAUGCAGUUGACAAUUACACUCAGACCAAGUUUAGGAAGCACUUCCAAAGAAAGGUAAAGGUGAUUGAUAUAGCCGUGGCCACUAUUCAAGAUGUGAAGGAUGUAGCUAUAUUCACCAGCAAAGUCGACGACUUAUUUCCGGAAUUUAUUAAGUUUUUCCACACUGAAGCAAUGGACAGAUUUCUGAGAUCGAUGAUAGUUUAUUUUCAAUAUUAUCUUCAGGUUUGGAGUAAAAUGCAAUCAACACGAAAAGAAGCGGCUCGCAAACUGAGGCAACCGAUCGUGACUCUGCUCGAAAACGAAGAGAGGGAUAAUUUGGCAGAUUUAAGAAGUAUGGUAGCUAGGGAUUAUGCUGCCAUUCUAAUGGGGGUCGGAGACGCGAAAAAAUUUCAUCAUAUGAACAAUAAGAAUAACGAUUCAUUAUCCGACAAGGAUAGACGGCUAUUUGAGACUCUUAUUUUUAUGGCGAUCAAGGUGGUUUGGAUUGCGUUGUUUAGAAAGAAUUUACCCCUGAUUGAAAAAGAAACAAACAGGCUUCUAAGAACGAACAACUUUAGUCCGGUUGAACAUUCUGGCGCACCAAUAAUGAGAGAUACACCAGAAGAAAGGCGAGUUUUGGUAGGGAAGGCUUUCAAAAAUGAGAAAAAAUUACUUCACAGAUCUCCGAUAAUUCAACAGAUACUUUUUGAGAAUCAUGAUUACAGACUGCUUUCGAUUGGAAUUAAUAAUAACCCUAUGGCCGAUGCAAGGAUUCGUUAUUUAGAGAUAGCUUACGCCGCCCCAGAAGAGUUAUUAGUAGAAGCUGGGAUUGCUGUUGGUAUUCUAGGCGUCCAAAGAAAAUAUCUCGAUGCUAUGCUUAAACCUUUAGAUAUUUCGACUACUGUAAAAAGGACAAGUCUUAUGAAGAUUGGACAGUUUAAUAUACCACCGAAAUCUGUCAGAUACUCUUUAUUUUCGGAUACCUUAUCGGAAAAUCCCUGUAAGUUCCAAGAGAGCCAGACGACGAAAAACGCUAGAAUAAGCCAGUGUAAGAAAUGGAUCACUUAUCUAGAUAUGGGCGGAGUCAUCGUAAGCGAAUUAGUAGAUAUUGAGUCUAAUAAAACUAUUAGGGCUUCCAUUGCUGCUUCACCUUCAUCGGGGUUUGAUUAAAUUUUUUUGCUCAGUUAACCAAUAAAAUUGAAGUAAAUAUCAA